AUGGUUUCCUUGUUUAACUUUGGUCUUCUUGGUUUCUUUUUAUUCUUCAUCAUUGUUGUUCAAGCAAAACCUUUGUCUGAAUCAAAAAAUAAUUCAGACAACAAUAAAUCAACAAUAAAUUAUGAACAACUUUAUGAUCUUUAUAGAAGAAUGCGUUUAGAUCCACGUCUUGCUUCUGUAUCCAAUUAUGAUAUUCUCUUAUUUAUCACUCGAAAUUUCAUCCAUAAUAGACCAACUAAUAUUAAUUCUUUUAAUCAAAAAUAUUCCGAUCAAGAACGUUAUCGACAACAAAAUAAUAAAUUAAUUUGA